CACUUUUUUUUCAUCUCUCUUCCAAGGAGGUCGCUCGCUCGCUGGCUCGCUGACCAGGAUGCCUGAACCGGCUAAAUCUGCUCCGGUACCCAAAAAGGGCUCCAAAAAGGCCAUCACCAAGACCCAGAAGAAAGGGGACAAGAAGCGCAAGAAGAGCCGCAAGGAGAGCUACUCCAUCUAUGUCUACAAGGUGUUGAAGCAAGUCCACCCAGACACCGGCAUCUCCUCCAAGGCCAUGAGCAUCAUGAACUCCUUCGUCAACGACAUCUUUGAGCGCAUCGCUGCCGAGGCUUCCCGCUUGGCCCACUACAACAAGCGCUCCACCAUCACCUCCCGCGAGGUCCAGACGGCUGUCCGCCUCCUCCUGCCCGGAGAGCUGGCCAAACACGCCGUCUCCGAGGGUACCAAAGCCGUCACCAAAUACACCAGCUCCAAGUAGCUUCUCCACCCACCCACCCAAAAUUCCCUUUUUAUAUUGCACCAAAGGCUCUUUUAAGAGCCACCCACUUUAUCAAAUAAAAAAGAGCUGCUUCACUUGGAAAAA